AGCAGGUUGUGUAUUAAGCUACUAUAGUAAUCUAAGCUUUGGUGUUUGGUCCUUCAUUAACAAUUAUCAAGAAAUGAGCAUAGGAGAAGGAAAGUGGUCUCUUCAGGGCAUGACUGCCAUCGUCACUGGUGGAACCAGAGGCAUUGGAUAUGCAAUCAUAGAAGAGCUAGCAGGAUUUGGAGCAGAGGUGUACACUUGUUCCCGGAAUCAAAACGACGUCGAUGAGUGCGUGGAGAGAUGGAGGGAGAAAGGCCUCAAAGUCGCCGGAUCUGCCUGCGACAUAUCCUCACGGCCACAAAGGGAGGAGUUGAUGGAAAAAGUCGCCAAUCACUUCAACGGAAAACUCAACAUCUUGGUGAAUAAUGCUGGGACAAUAGUGCCUAAGGACGCAAUAGAAUUCACAGCAGAAGAUUACACAAAUGUAAUGGGAACCAACUUUGAGGCUUCAUUCCACCUUUGUCAAUUGGCAUAUCCAUACCUCAAAGCUUCAGAAAAGGGAAGCAUUGUUUUCAACUCCUCUGCCGCUGGAAUCUUGCCUGUCAUUAAAUCUACUCUCUAUUCCGCAUCCAAAGGAGCAAUGAAUCAAGUGACAAAAAGCUUCGCAUGUGAGUGGGCCAAAGACAACAUUCGUGUUAACUCGGUUGCACCUUGGAUCACACGAACCAAGCUCGUCGAUGACACUGAGAUUUAUUCUGAAUCAUCGGAAGAAAUCCAGCGCAUGCUUCGUCGGACUCCGAUAAGCCGGGCAGGAGAGGUGGGAGAAGUAUCAUCACUGGUGGCGUUCCUUUGCUUGCCUGCUGCAUCAUAUAUCACUGGACAAACUAUCUGCGUAGAUGGUGGAUAUACCAUUACUGGUUUUGCAUAAAAUAAUAAAUAACUUAUUUUUUGGUCUAUGUUAUAAUAAAUCUCUUUAUCUUGUUCACGGUUGAAGUAGUGCAUGUCAUGUUAAGAGUUAAGUAGACAAAUUUUAGAGGGGAUCGGAAUAAUGUGGCACUACCGUGUGUUAAUUGUUUUAUGGAUGUUGUUGCACUGCAAAUUUGAAUAAUUAUGUUUGUGCGUUUUACACUGUUGAAUAUAUAUUAAUUUUUAUUUAGCC